GAUCAUAUUUAACUGACCACUAUCACUUUGUUUAUGUAAAUGAGGAAAAGUCAUGUCACUAUCAGGUUAAAUAAGGCGUACCGCAGGGAUCAGUUCUAGGUCCUAUCCUUUUCUCGUUAUUUAUGUAGAUAUAAUGGAGACAUUAUCAGGAAACAUAACAUACUAGUGAAACCCACCAGUUUUCUAAGCUAACAGACUGUAUUAGCAAUAUGGAUGGCAAGUAACUUCCUUAUGCUAAACUCCAAUAAGACAGAGAUACUUAUUAUUGAACCGAAUCGCUCUAAACUAAAUAUGUUAGAUAACAAGUUGCCCAUAGACGCCUGCACUGUUGUGCCAUCUUCCACAGUCAAGCACCUAGGUGUGAUGUUCAACAGCAAUCUAUCUUUCGAUAGUCAUAUCUCUAACGUCUGCCGCACAGCAUUCUUACAUCUUAAAAAUAUUCUUGCUAUAAUAUUCUUACACCCUAGACAAUAAACAAGAGACAUGUUGUAAUUAAACUUGAGUGUGUGCGUCCUUUUCUCUUUGGGUUCCCCUUCUUGCCACUUCCUGACACUGAUGAUUACAUAUCUGGAUUCCAGUAAGAACAGGCAAUCUCAUGUUUCAUUGGAGGUCAUUUGCAUUUUUUGAGGUGUUUCUAAGGUAGUGCCAGUGUGUAUAAAAGCAGCAGAUACCAUGUUCUUCAUAUCACUUGGUAAAAAAAAGGGCCGUUUCGAUUUCAGCACAUUUUAAGAGAAUCUUUGCAUAAACCUACUAAGGAUGGCUGAUGACAGUAAAGCUUUGGUACAAUGGAGCCCAUCUUUCGUGGAGGAGCUUCUCCCCGCUGCACAGAAGACUGCACUUCUGUACAAUCUCUCUUACCUGUGCCUGGCCAACUUCCCCACCCUUGAGAGGAUCAUCAGGACUCGGGCUGUGGAAACCCAGCUUCUGUUUGGCUCCUCUGAUGCAACCAUGCUGAAGUGCAUUUUAACCAGUGAAAACCUGGUUCAGUCGCUGUUUCCCAUGCUGGAGAAAGCUGUGGAGAAAAAUAAGCCGGUUUUGGCCGUCAAAUACCUAGAAAAAGCACGAGCAUGGAUCAAGGACAUUAUCAAAGAUGUGGACAGGAUUGUGGAAAGGUAUGAUUUACACAACAAAGAUGUUGCAACGUCCACCAGCGAUGUUAUUAAGGAAAAAUUAGAUACAGAGAAAGUGAUGAAAGAAAAAGACCAGGAGUUGAAGAAUAAUGAAGAAGCUUUGAAUCAGCUGAAAGCUGAACUCCAGAAAGCCAGCACGGAGCUUGCUGAAGUCGAGAAAAAAAUAAAUGCGAAAAGUCAGGAGCUUCAAGGUUUUUCCAGAUCCAUAACCCAAACCAGUAAAGGCCUCGGCAUCUUCGCUGCACUUGUUCCCUUCAUCGGGCUGAUUGUUAAAAGCAUUUAUGAUGCUGCAAAAGAUCAUGAACACUCUGCAAAAAUGAAGGCUCUUGAAGCUGAAUUGAACAACUUAAUUGCUGAUAAGUCUGUUCUGAAAAACAAGGAGUGGCAGUUCCAACUCCAGAUCAUUGACUGGCAGAUGAAGGUCUCCAAAGCCAGUUUUGAGCGAAGUUCCAUACCCGACCCAAUCCAUCUAAGUGAGGUUCAGAAUAGCUUGACCAAAAUUCAGGCAAUUCUCAUUCAGCUGAAAAACUUUUGGGAGAGUGUUGCUCAAAUGCUGGACUCCCUGGAAAAAAAGACCUUUGUUGGAGAAGAUCUUAUCGAGGACCUUUGUGAACUGAAAGAUGAAUUUGUACAAUCCAUCAGAGCAGCUAAAGUGGCUUGGGGCUGCUUUGCUGCAGGCUGUAACAAAGCAUCUGCCAUAUUUAAACUCAACACCAGAGAUGCCUACAAGUUUCUGGAGGUCAGUCCUUCCUCUCUCUCUAAAGAGGAAUGGGCUAAAGAGUAUGAUAGUGUAAAGAAACAACUGGAGGAAUUAGGCCCACCAAAACAUGUGACAAGCCCUGAAACACCUGCCAUUGAAAACUGAUCUACACGGGUACAUCAUCCCAUUUAUCUUCUUUCUCAUGAUAGAGAUCACCUGGGAUGAAGAUGAAAUAUAUUAGCCUACUUAUAAACAUGCCUAAAACAUACAUUCUAAGAGUUUAUAUAUCCUCUUUUUUCUUCAAAUAAAGCAUGAUAACAUUAUUUUUGACUUUUGUUUUUGUUUCAAAUAAUCUUGCGUUUCUGAAUCUUCAAGUCAUAAAUAUUCUGUCAUCUCAAACUGCUUUUGAUCUCACUGUAUACACAAAAAUGAU